UGGGUGUGUGUGCGUGUUUUUUAAUUCUUCUCGUCACUUAGGUGACAAGAACAAUUGGGUUUUUCCAUGCAACUGUUUAUUGUUCUGGAAUGAAACUUAGAUCUUGAGGUUUUUAUAGCUAAUACUUCUUUACAAUGUGAAUACUUUCUGAAUGCACGGUAAUUUUUUUUCUUUGAGGAAGUGUUUAGACAGUCGAAAAAUAUCUCACCUGACAGGUGCACAGUGUAGUCACAGUUUCCUCAUCUACAUAUUAACCUUGCUCGUGGCUUAUGAGGAAAUCAAAGAGUCACACUAUGAAGUUCGAACAGCAGGUUUUUGUUGUUUUCCUUCUGGAGCUUUUAUUUACAGGAAUCGAUGCACAGUUGGAUGUGUGCGGCAAAGCGCCGUUCAACACCAAGAUCGUGGGAGGCCAGGAUGCCACUCUUGGCAGUUGGCCCUGGCAGGCUGUUGUGCGGCGACAAAACGCUUUAUGUGGAGGGUCCCUGAUAUCCAGUCUGUGGGUCCUAACAGCUGCUCACUGUUUUGAAAGUAACAGCACGAGUGGCGUAAGAGUUUUAUUUGGAACACUGACCAUUUCUGGGGGUAAUCAAAAUUCAGUGGAACGGACCGUCUCACAGGUCAUCGUCCACCCUGACUAUAAUCAAAGACCUAACGACAACGACGUGGCCUUAUUGAAGCUGGCCUCCUCUGUUGACUUCAAUGAUUUUGUCACUCCGGUGUGUCUGGCAGCUGAUGGCAGCAUCAUCAAUAAUGGAAUUCAAACCUGGGUCACCGGUUAUGGGACCACCAGCAGUGGGGGAUCUAUCGCACAAUCGCUGCAGGAAGUAAAAGUUCCCGUUGUGUCCAACUCCCAAUGUAACCAAGCAUACGGUGGCGGAAUCACAGACAACAUGCUCUGUGCCGGGCAAGCAGGAAAGGACUCCUGCCAGGGAGAUUCCGGUGGCCCACUGGUGUAUAAACAAGAUUCUCAGUGGACCCAGGCUGGAGUUGUGAGUUUUGGAAGUGGUUGUGGUGAUGCAAAUUUUCCAGGAGUCUACGCUCGAGUGUCCAAGUAUCAAAGCUGGAUCAACCAACAAAUCCCUACUGCAGAGCAGCCGGGAUACAUUACCUUAGCUAAUAUUUCUGCAACUGCUCCUCCAACUACUACUAAUACUACUACUACUAAUACUACUAACACUACUACUACUAAUGCGGGUUCGAGCCCUGUGAUACCUGUCUUCCUGUCUCUUGCAGCUCCUCUGCUGAUAUCCAUUUUACCCAUCAUCUUCUCUGUCUUUAUCUUCUCUUAAGAUUAUGUUGACAUUGAAAGUCAGGUGGGAAAAGAUCAGCUGUUCAGAAACCUCAUCAACCAUUAUUAUGUUCUUUAUGCACUUUGGUUGGUUUUUUGAAGGAAAAAAAAUACUUUACUGCAUCAUUGCAUUGAUUUUUCUCAAGAAUCAUACAGCUAGAAUACCCCUGUCCAAACAUAAUCAUCAUCAGAAAUGUUAAAAAAUGAAAGGAAAAACUCAAGUUAUGUGAUGAGUUUUUUAGUCACCAACUAAAAUGACCAAAAUAACAAAUUCUGCAAUAUUCAAUAUACUGAUACCAAAACAUCCAAUCACUCGUACAGAGUCCCACCUCUGCUGACCAGUUUUCCAGUAUGUCUAAUGGAAGAAUAUGACACGGUUUCUCUCUCUCUCUCUCUCUCACUCACUCACACUCUCUCUCUCUCUCUCACACACACACACACACACACACACACACACACACACACACACACACACACACACACACACACACACACACACACACACACACACAAAACAUAAUUAACUUAUUAAUUCAAUUUAUUUUAUCCAAAGGUUGAAAAAAAUUGUAUUAGGAUUGUAAAAAGCAAAAAUAUAAAGUAAAUUUUUCUAAAUAAGUUUGUAUCAUUAGAGUUCUUUGAAGUUAACAGAGGUGUACUGUACUCAAUUCAACUGAACAGAAAAGACAAAGUGCAUAACGUACCUCAUUCACCUUAUGUUUAAUAUGCAACACAACAGAACAAAUCAGUAAUUAUUAACACCCACAUUUCUCUAAUUACUUCCACAACAGAGGUAUAACUUUUGCCUCAGUGUGUUUGUUUAUUUGUUAAAAAAAAAAAAAUGAAUAGACUUGGUGCAGGAACAGAAAAAGUAGAGAAAAACUCAUUGUCAUAGUUCAAUAUGGGUUUAUUAGUCCUACUUCUGGGUUUGGUUGCUCUAGUUGCUUUAACAUUCAGUCAAUGUUAUUUUCACAUGGUCUUUUUUUAAUGCUGUAAUGAACAAAGUUCCAACAUUCACAUCUUGAUCCAGAUCAGCUCCAAAACCUAUUGGUUUCUAUUCUAGGACAUGUCCACCUUUUUAGUAAAAUGUGAUUUUCGGCUCAUUACUUUUUGUCCAAUGCUGUUUACACACCAACAAAACAAUAAAAAUACGAGUGAAAACAUUCUGUCAUUGGUGGGUGGAACUAAUGCACAUUUCUUGAUUUCUCCCCCAGACCUCCCACCUUUAUAAGCCUUUCUCUUUGUUUGCCUACAAUAUGGCCAAAUUAUCAUAUUGCAAUAUUGUCAUAUCAAUAUGAUGUAAGAUAUGACUAUGAUUUCACACAAAGUGUAGCAACGGUGAAAAUUAAACAUUCUUAAACAAAACAGUAAUAAUACCACACUCAUUUUGCACUCAUCAUAAGCUUAGGAUACAGUGCCCUCCAAAAGUAUUGGAACACUUAGUAUUUCACACAUAUUAUUUUACAAAGACUGAAAAAGAAAGAUUAUAAAAUCAAACCCUCACUGCGCCUUGUGAUAGAAUCACUACGAUGACAGCUCCAAGAUGGCGGCCGCAUUUCUUGCGCCUCAGCAACCUGUGCAGCGUCUACUUCCCCUUUAUAAAGUCUAUGUUCUCCUGCCGUCAGCCUUGUGAUAGAAUCACCACGAUGACUGAUCCAAGAUGGCGGGCGCAUUUCUUGUGCCACAGUAACCAAUAUGGCGUCUACUCUUCGUCAUAAUGUCGGUUUGUGGCUUUUUACGGCUUUUUAUGACAACAGUUUGUUAGGAUGGCGUGUUAAGGCUGGGGGGUUGGGAUGGGGGUGGAGAUUACAUUUUCAAGUUUAAAGUCAUAAAUAUACGAGAAUAAACAUGCAAAUUUACGAGAAAUAACACGCAAAUUGGCGAGAUUUAAACAUUCAAAUUUGCGAGAUUCUAAACAUGAGAAAAAGACGACGCAAGAAUCAGAACACGUAAAACUA